AAGAGGAGAUUAAUGAGAGUAAAGAUAAAAAUAAGGAUGAGAAAAAAGAGGAAAAAGAAGAUUACUAUUUGAUGGUGAUUAAUUUAUUACAAAAAAAUAAUUUCGAUGUAAAAACUUUGCAAAGGCUCCCCAAAUAUUCUACUGUUCGGAUCUCUUUUAAAGAAUACUUUUAUUAUCUUAUCAUCUGGCAUAAAAAAAUCAAAAAAAAUAUCAAAUAUUUUUCCUAUAAAUAUGCAAUAUCUAAAGGAAUGGAUGGACCAGAAAUAGAUAAAUUUGAAGAAUACAUGAGAAAAAAUGUGAAAAAUACUACAUCUUUUGAAAAAUAUUACCAAAA